AUGGGAAUGUACUUAAGUAAAAAGAUUGGAAUACCGUCAACAUCAGAAUUAAAUUGUAUCGAGUGGAAUCAGAAUACAAAUUUUAUUGCAACUGGAGGAACAAUGGGAACUUUAAAAAUAGUUAAACUUGAUACUGUGAAAGGAUCAAACAGUUUGUCUGUCAAUCAAGCAUUGGAAGGUCACAGCUCAACAAUUGUAUGUGCGGCGUGGAAUGAAAUGUAUCAGAAACUUACAACAAGUGAUACAAGCGGUCUCAUAAUUGUGUGGGGAAUGCAUAAUGAUAGCUGGUUCGAAGAAAUGAUAAACAACAGAAACAAAAGUACGGUUUGUGGUAUGGGAUGGAAUUGUGAUGGAACAAAAAUUGCAAUUGCUUAUGCCGAUGGGCAAGUUAUUGUUGGAACAAUGGAAGGGAACCGCAUAUGGAAUAAAGAUUUGCCAAACACAUUAGCAGCUUGUGAAUGGGCCCCUGAUGGCAAUACAUUACUCUUUGGAACAACAGAAGGUGAGGUACAUGUAUACGAUCCAGUUGGAAAUUUUGUUCAAAAAAUUCAUAUGGUUGCCCUUGAAACAGUUGAAUUAGAAGCUGCAUUAGCUAACGAUCUGAAAAAAGAACAAAUUAUUGAUAUUAAAUGGUAUUAUCCAACAUUGCGAUCAAAAGUUGUUCCUCAUGAAAAAGAUGUAAUUGAACCAAUACGGAUUCCGACAAUCUCGCAAUCUCUUACAUUUGAAGAAAGUCAGCUUCUGGAGGGAAUAACUAUGCCCGUACCUAUAAUGCCAGAUAGACCUCGACUACUUGUUGCAUAUUCGCACGGUGUCAUUCAACUUAUGCGAACUGAAAACGAUCCACAUCCAAUUAUUGUUCGGUUCCCACAUUUCGUUCUAACAAGAUGUCGUUGGUCACCAAAUGGGGCUUUUGUUGCUGUUACUGGCUUUCAAACGGACAUGCCGAAAAAUGAGCAAGCAGUAAUUCAUAUAAUGUCAGCUUAUGGAAAGAUGAUAUCAUUUUUGAGAAUCAAGGAUACAUCAUCACUAACAGGUGUUGCUUGGGAUCCCAGUGGACUGAGAAUUGCUGUAACAACUGACAGUAAUGUUUAUUUUGGAAAUAUAAGACCACAAUAUAAAUGGGGCUACAUCGGAAGGACCGUAAUUUACGUGUUUGAAAAAGUAGAGCGCAAUCAAUUUUCAGUAGUAUUUUACGAAACUAAGAUUGAAGAAACGUUCUCAAAAACGAUAUCCAAAUUUGAACAAAUCGCUUGCCAUGAUGAUUUCUGUGUGAUUGUUAAUCGACAAGAUGAUCCAAAUGGAACCUAUUUUGCCCAACUUUGUAAUAGUAUAGGAACUGCUCUGGAUUUCAAAUAUACUGAUGUCGAGCCACACUGCGUGGCACUUAACAAUAUGGCAGCCGUAAUUGCUGGCGGAGAAUCAUACUUUAUUUGGCAUUUCGUGCUUCCGAAAUACGAUGGAGUGAAAAGAGCAAACAUUUUGGGGCACGGAAAAGACGAUAUAAUUGCAACACUUGAUAAGAAUAAUAUUUUACAAUUCUUUGAAAUCGGUGAUAACCAAUUGAACAAAUUAACAAGUCUGGAGCGACGAGAUGUUUGGAGCUAUAAGUGGGACUCAGAGAAAGAAGAUAUGAUUGCUUUAAAUGAAAAAGCUAAAAUGAUUGUGCUUAAAGGCGAUGAAUCUGAGGAACCAGUAACUACAUCAGGAUAUAUUUGCUCGUUCCGCGGGCUUACUGUAAGAACUGUUCUGGUGGAUAAUUUCCUAAUGAAACCAGAGAAACCGGAAAAGAAAAACAUCCAAGAUAUUGAAAUAAAGUCUCUAAGAGAUUGUAAACAUUUACUGGAACGGAUGAAAAUUGACGAAGCAACUACGUUCAUUGAAAAAAAUCCUCAUCCAAUGUUGUGGAAACUUUUAGCAGAGGUUGCCCUUCAUAAACUCGAUGUUGCCACAGCGGAACAUGCUUAUGUGAAACUUUCUGAUUAUGCCGGAAUAUCGUUCUGCAAACGUUUGCAAAAUAUUACCAACACGGAUCUGAAACGAGCAGAAGUUUUUGCCCAUCUGACAAAUUUCGAGAAAGCUGAAAAGACCUAUAUACAGUGUGAUCGAAGAGAUCUUGCGAUUCAAAUGUAUAAAGACGUUUUCGAUUAUCGAAGUGUUUUACGUUUGCUCCCUGCAGAUGGUGAUGAUUCUGUUCGAAUGCAGGUGCUCGAGUACGUUGCAGAUUAUUACUUUGAGCGACAGAUGUGGAAAAACGCAUCCGAGUAUUAUCGAAAAUGUAAUGUGCUUGAGAAAAGAAUUGAAGCGUGUGUAUUCGGGACGCUUUUUGGCGAACUCGAGGAUUUAGCAUGCCAACUACCAGAUAAUCAUCAAUUACUCGAACCAAUUGGUGAUAUAUUUGCUGGCCGUGGAUUAUGUGAACCCGCUGUCGAUUGCUAUAUUCGAACUGGCCUCCCUCGAAAAGCAAUGAGUUGUUGCAUUGAGCUCAACUUUUGGGAUCGCGCGAACAAAAUAGCGAAAGCUCACAAUCUUGAGGAUGUUGAAUCCAUGUUGGCCAAAUAUGCAGAACGUCUCGUUGGGAUGGGCAGCAACGAAAAAUCCAUGGCGGCUUGCCAGCUUUAUAAAAGGGCUGGAAGAUUUAUGGAUGCCGCUAAACUGGCGUUUGAGAUUGCUUGGGAUGAACAGAAAAGGAAUGCCCCUUACACUCGUUUGAAAAAGAUACAUGUGAUGGCAGCUCUAUUAGUUGAGCAACAGCGAAAUCAACGGAAUCAGGGUAAAAAUAAAAUUGAUGCCACACAAAUUCUUGAGGAAACAUUGAAUGAGGAAAUGGACUUGUCAUUAGAAGAAUCAAAAAUAAUGGAAACGGCUUGGAGAGGAGCUGAGGCAUAUCAUUUGAUAUUACUGGCUUAUCAGUACUUAUAUCAAGGCUCUCCUGAAGAAGGCUUACGAACAGCUUUGAUUUUAACCGAUUAUGAAGAUAUUUUAGAACCUGAAGAAAUUCUUCCAAUGAUUGUUUUGGCAGCAAUUAAAUCAAAACUAUUUGCGGUCGCAUCAAAAGCAAUGAUGCGCCUUGAAGCGCUGAAAACCUUUACACAAGCGGAACAAAAUAUUAUGAAAGAUUUGGCUAUUUCAAUAUUCAAUACAUAUCCACCAACUGACAUUCCUCAAGCAACUGUAAAGUGUCCUUCGUGUGAAACUACAAUACGAGAUUUAGAUCAUGUAUGCCCAAAAUGCAAAACGAGGUUUCCAAUCUGCAUUGCUUCUGGAAAAGUGUUGCAAACUUUAAGGUUUUGGAUUUGUGCAACAUGCAAGCAUAGAGCUUGUCCUUCGAAAGUUGCAAAUUCAACGUAUUGUCCACUCUGUCAUUCCACUGCAUCAUUUGCAACAUAA